AUGAUCUCCUGUGGGCCACCAGGAACUGCUGGGCCCGGGCUUCUCACGGCGGACAUGCGCCAGAGCUGGCUGGGGCAAAUAGCAGGGCGCAACCCAAAAGCGGAGUUCUGUUCCCUUUUGGCGAAACUGCCACCCUGUUGCUGUAUAGCUUGUACAGUCGGCAUGCUGACUCUGGGUGCUCAAGGAUCUUAUGCUCGCCGGCCAAAUCAGUACAACACAACGUGCGAUUUACUCAUCUCCCUUCGCCUCGCUGAAGCCAAAGCAGACCGUAGGCGAGCAUUCGUGCCGUGCCUGCAGGGGGAGCUGACCUGGAACCCUGGCGAGACAUGCCAGCAGGCACCGGUGGCCCUGGAGAUUCUUCCCAAGCAGCUCAGCGAGGCGACAGACCAGUUUCAGCUGAUACUGGAGGAGCCCGAGGGCGGCGCUGUCUUCAACCCAAACCAGGACGGAACCGAAGAACGGUGCGUCCUGACCGUCACUAUCUUCAACGAGAACGAUGAGCUUACGAGGAACAUUGCUUCCAUUCAGAUGAGCCAGUUCGUGGACAAGGUCAUCAACAUUGACAAGUUACGUCUUGGAACGCAGUCAUGGUACGAGGAAGUUGUUGCCUCCUUCUGCAGCGUAGCAGAGGAGGGCGAGAGGCAGUACGAGUUGAAGGUUCAGGAGGCAGGCGUUGUAGCCGCCAGCAAUGCCGCUGGAUCCUCCGUGCAGAUGCAGGAUGCAGAGAGUGCAAGGUGGUCUGUUACCGGCACUGAUGCAGAUGUAUGGGAUAGCUACACCCGGAAGGGGGACAAGAUCGGUGCGGGGGGCUUCGGCUUUGUCUUCGGAGCUACCCACAAGGGCACAGGCGAGACGGUGGCCAUCAAGGCGGUGCCAAAGCUGGAUUUGAAACGAGCUCCGCAAACAGCUCCAGAACAGCUGGGGCAGAUGCGCAGGAGGGAUGCCCAGAGGCUGAAGGAGGAGAUCUUCAUCAUGAGGAAACUCGAUCAUCCGAACACGGUGCUUCUCUACGAGACAUUCGAGGAUGAGAAGAACGUCUUUCUCGUCAUGGAGCUCUGCUCUGGUGGCGAGUUGCUAGGCUUCAUUUUGGAGAGCGGCCGACACACGGAAGCCCAGGCCGUGAUCGUGAUGCGGCAGGUAUUCCAGGCCGUGCUCUACCUGCACUCGGUUGGCAUCUGCCACCGCGACAUCAAGCAUGCCAACACUCUUCUGCUGAGCCAAGCCCAGAUCGAGGACAACGUGGUGAAGAUAGUAGACUUCGGCUUGGCGUGCUGCUUUACUCGCGGGGAAGCCAUGCGACAGUGUGCCGGUACAGCCAUCUACGUUGCACCACAGGUUCUGGAGUGCAAAUAUGACCACUCCAUUGACCUGUGGAGCUGCGGAGUGCUACUGUACAUUCUUCUUUGCGGAUAUCCGCCCUUCCGCGGAGACACCGAUGCAGCAGUCAUGAAUGCGAUACGAAGGGGGAACUACUCUUUUCCGUCAUCGGACUGGACAUUGGUCUCACAGGAUGCGAAAUCGCUGAUCCGCAUGCUGUUGAAGAUGAAGGUGAAGGAACGGAUUACGGCCGAGGGUGCUCUCAAGCACUCCUGGAUCCAGGAGCCGCCAAAGGAACCAGUCCAACUGCAGAAAGCGUUGGAGCGGAUGCGGAAGUUUGUGGCCUACCAGCGGCAGACGCAGAACUUAAAUCCCGAGCAAAUUCCGGAGGAAGAUCCACUGCUGCAAGGAAUUCCACGAGGUUCUUCGCAGUCGUCGAUCGCUACCCGGAUUCCACAGACCUUGCCUUCUGCCGGCACCUGGCUGAAGGAUCUGCAGAGGCAGUUCUCGGCGUUCACCGCUGCGGUAGGCUCUGCCAUUACUUCGAAGCCAGAGAAGAAGCGAGUAGAGGAGGACUUGUCCCACUUGUCAACGCCGGUGCAGGGCAAACCUGCUAUGGGCUACGAGCAGUCCGAAAGCAGCAGCCGUGGUGCCAGUGAGAAGAAGACUGGGCAGGAGAUGCCGAAGGGACUGACCCCAAGCCAAGUCUUCCGGGAGAAGCACAUCCAAGAGGACGAGCCUGUCCUCCCCAGCCAGCUUUGGCCAAGGCAGGUGAUGGAGCAGGUGCUGGAUUUGGACAGCUUGACUCAGCAAGAGGUGCAGCAAGAGGUUCUCACCGAAAGGCUGGCGGGCGAGACCGACACUAGUGACGGUGAAACCAGAUCAUCCAGAUCCCUGCCAGGACAAGCACUCAUGAACCUGUCGAGCACCGCGAAGCCGAUGUGCCCCUUUGACGACAUCCUUCCACCGGCUCUUGAUCCUAACCCAGCCGUGGAGGAGAAUGCUGGGGACCCCGACAGUGUGAGGGCCUACGUGGGACAGCAGCUUGAGUUUUGGUCCAAGACUGCCUGCAGAUGGAUACCAUGCGAAGUCAUCAAUGUGCGCGGUGACGGUGCCAUAAUGGUCAAUGUCAAGCCGAACACCUGGCUGACAACGGAGGACCAAGCACGGCGUGUCCGGGCCUGCGAAUUGCAACGUUCCCCGGAGAUGUCGCCGACACAGGAUACGCGCCAGGUGCUCGGAUCGACCGGCAGGACGAAGAGUGACAACGGCCAGUUCUGCGUCGGACAGCCUGUAGAGUAUUUGUCCAUCUCUGCCGGUCGCUGGAUUCCGAGCCGGGUCACUAGCAUAGACGAAGAGAACUCCAUACAGCUGGAUGUGAAGCCGGGCUGCUGGAUACCUCUCCACCAUCAGAAGGGCCAUGUCCGGCUCCCCGGUUUGCUUGGUUCCGGUGAGGUGCAGGGGCAGAUGGCGCCAUCCAAAUCCUCGGCAGAUCUCGAUCUGUCGCAUCUGCAAAGUGAGGAGCUCGAGUACUACUCCUUGAACCUCUCCGCUUGGAUACCCUGCAGAAUACUUCAGCAGGAUGCACAGAGCGGCUGUGCCGUCAUCGACGUUUUGCCUAGUGCCUGGAUCACCCCGGCACAACAGGCUACAUAUUUGCGAGCUGCGCUACAGCAGGAACGCCUUCGACUUCCGCUUAUCGGAGACAAAGUCGUUUACUUCUCCGAGUCCCACAUGCGCUGGAUUCCGACCAUCAUCACAGAUGUCGGAGAUGCAGAUGAGGUCGAGCUGGAGAUCAAGCCCGGAGUGUGGAUCAGCAGAGACGUCCAGAAGCGCGUUCUUCGCUGGUGCUCCAACCAGCUUUAA